UCGGGUAGGGGCGGGCCGGGUCCCGACGCAGGAUUCCAGUCCACAGCUGCAGUUCGACUGCGCUUGCCAUUUGCGCAUGUUCACUUUCGCCGCGUUAUUUUCGACAUCGGACAAUUAUGAAUUACGAUCCUUGUGAUAACAGUGUGCCAAUUAAACGCGAGGAAGACCUCGAGUAUCCCGACGACGAGGAACGCUAUUAUGGUUACGCGCCAGUAGAGAUCGAAAGACAUACUGAAGCAACCGGUUUCGCGCCAUCUUCCCCAACACAUCUCAUGGACCUAAGCAAUGGGUCCGAGCGACCCACGCAACAACCACCGUGGCCAACAAAUGUCACCUUCGAAAACGAUGAACGUGAAUUCCAACAAGCUCAAUACGCGUAUGAUCCACAAUACAUCGAACAGCGACAGAGACAAAUGUCCAGAAGUUUUUAUUAUGACGAUUCAAAUUCCCAAGACCGCGUCAGAAACUUUUAUGAAACUACUGAGAUGCCGAAGAUCGGAGAAAUUUCAUACCGUACUGAAGAUCAAAGAGAGGAAACCGAGGAGCAGAGAAGGACGAGAAAGAAGUCAUCUAAACCGACGAGAAAGAAAACUCAGUCGUACGAGGAAAUGCAAAUACAACGCGUGAUGGCAAACGUACGAGAGAGGCAACGGACACAGAGCUUGAACGAAGCGUUCGCGAGCCUGCGUCAGAUCAUACCCUCACUGCCAAGUGACAAGUUAUCUAAAAUACAAACACUGCAACUCGCAACGCAGUACAUAGAAUUCUUAUAUCAAAUACUGUCGAAUAGUGACUCAGCGGGAAGCAGUGACAGCAAUAGCGACGCCGGCAGCGACCACGGCAAGUAUCUUGCACAAGACAAAUUAAGUUAUGCCUUCUCAGUGUGGAGAAUGGAAGGCGAAUGGACCACUAACGGACAAACGUGAUAUACCUGAUUGUGUGCCUAAUUAUUGUAAAUUAAGUAACAUAAAAGACGCUUAUUAUAUUCCAUAUGUUUAUGUAGAACGAGAUGUAAAUGAUAGGGUAUGAGUUGACUUCAAGUUAAGGAUAUUGUGAUAAUUAAAAUAGAUUUAAAUUUAAUGCCAAAAUAAUAUUAUGUAGAUAGUUAAUUUGUACGUCUAAAGAAAGACAGCUUUUCUAGUAUUAUUACGUUUAAGUGAAGAUACAUACAGCUGUAUACCAAAAAA